AUGACGGGUGCCGUGCUUCGGGAGAAAGAAGAUGCCCACAUCGCAGCUGCCAUUCAGUAUACGGUCGAAUGGCUAAAUCAGAGGGGUAUUUACGGCGAGGUGGAAUACCUCAUCGACUACCUCGACGACGUCGACCAUUACGACGCGUUAAAGAAAGAAAGUGAACUGGACAGUGCAUUUCUCCGAUGA